ACUAGUCGCGAAUCCUUGUUGUGUGUGCAUAAAUUUAAGUCAUUUUAUUCAGUUCACUCACAGUUUAUUCACAGGCAGCACUCAUAUCAUGGAGGGCUUCGAGUAUGUGGUCAAUCCACCGAUUCUACCCAAAGUGGCCUUUGGCAGCACCAUGGAUCGCGAGGUGAUGCCCCUGAAUGGCUCAGCUGUGACCAGCUUCAUGAGAUGCCAUCUGCCAGAGCCUCGUCCGCAUCCCAGUCCACUGGACUACGAUUGUGCGAAGCCAAUUGGUUUUAAGUAUCCGUCAAAGGCUGGCUUCUCCGCUCUGGCCAACAAGAUGUCCCGUCUGCCCAUUGUCCGCGAGCAGCUCAUUCCGCCCAUGGGCGCCUAUGAGGCAUCACCUUGGAUAUUACGCGCUGGCUACACCUUCGAUCGGCAGGUGUUGGCAGAGCCCAAAUGGCUGACACCUGGUCCCUCCACGUAUACUAUUCACAACAAGUAUCCGUAUUAUAAAUUGGAAAUGGCUUUCGGCAGCCGUCGCAUCAUUUGGCCAGCUGUGGCUGUCUUCUGUGCACCCACCAAUCUGGCCCAGUGUCUGAACUGCCACCAGCGACCCAGGGGCGAUUAUUUCCACCACUUUGCCACCGACAAGGACAUGUGCCGCAACUGCAUGCACGACGAGCUGGCCGCCAUCAAGCAUUGCAGCCUGAGCGUUGUGGAGCGAUAUCGCAGGAAUCAGCUCAUCAAACAGUUUGUGCCCGCCCGAUAUUGUGGCUUCUUUCACGAUCAUAACGGUACCACAGCCGCCACGGAGCUCACCACGCGCAAGGAGCUGCGCGAGAAGAUCCGCGUCGAGAACUAUUUGCAUCGCUUUGCCCGCAAAAUCGAAUAACGCUUCUAGAAAGAAAGGGAAAACAGAAAUUGUAUGUACAUUUUAAAUGCAACGAGAAUGUUUAAUUGACUUCACUAAUAUUAAAUAAAAUGCAUC